AUGGCCAUAUCCUGUCUAACAAGUGAGUCUACUAGCGAAGGAAUAGAAUCGGAGAAAGACCUAUCGCUUCUGGACCCAGCAUACCUGGUGAAAUGGGAGCAAGACGAUCCGUUGAACCCUCAGAACUGGGAUGUCAAAUACAAAUGCUGGGUGACAGCUCAAUUGGGUAUGCUCGCAUUUGCAGGUAGUCUGGGUUCCAGCAUUACAACCCCAGCCGAUGACGCUAUUGCGAAGUAUCUUGGUGUGAGUGAUGAGAUAGCCGUGUUGGAUGUUACGCUUUACCUUCUUGGAUAUGUCUUUGGUCCCAUCAUCUGGGCCCCUAUCUCUGAAAUCUGGGGUCGAAGGGUCAGCAUUCUCCCCGCCGUCUUCUGUCUUGCCAUGUUCGAGAUCGGCACAGGCCUCAGCAAAAACAUAGCCUCGAUGUUCAUUACCCGUUUCUUUGCAGGCUUCUUUGGCUCAGCUCCAAUCAGCAAUGUCACCGCCGCCUUAGGAGAUAUGUGGAGCAAAGAGACCAGAGGCACGGCCGUCGGUAUUUACUCCAUCGCAGUCAAUGGUGGACCGGCCCUGGGUCCUAUAAUUGGUGCAGCAAUAAUGACGCAGCCAAAUCUGGGCUGGCGCUGGACUGCAUACAUCCACGCACUCUGGGUCGGAUUCGUGUUCAUCUUGACCUUCUUCUGUCUGCCGGAGGUAUACCCGCUGGUCCUGCUCAAACGCAAGGCACAGCAGCUUCGAAUCGAGAAAAAUGACCGGAGAUUCUACCAUACGCAUGAGCACAUGAAACUCGAUGUCAGAUCCAUUCUGACCAAACAACUAGCUCGACCACUGCGAAUGCUAGCCACCGAACCAAUCGUCACCUGCAUCUCCUUCUAUGGGGCGUUCGUCUACGGUAUCAUGUAUCUCACACUGGAAGUGUUUCCACUUGUAUUUCAGGGAGCUCGCGGCUGGAGUAAGGUCAUUGGCGCUUUACCCUUCCUAUGUCUACUGGCUGGCGUGGUAUUCUCUGUGGGCCUAAGUAUCUGGGGCCAAAAAUACUACAACAAGAAAUGUAAAGCAGAAAAUGGACGGUCAGUCCCCGAAGCACGACUACCUCCCAUGGGAAUCGGAGCAGUUCUCCUCGUGACUGGACUAUUCUGGUUUGCAUGGACAGCAGAUCCGUCCCAUCAUUGGAUUCUCCCGUGCGUUGCAUCGGUUUUGGUCGGAUGUGGAUCCAAUAUUGUCUUUAUGCAAUGUGUGAACUUCUUGAUUGAUGUUUAUAAGCUGCACGCUGCUAGUGCAGCGGCCGCUACGACGUUCCUUCGGAGUUUGGCUGCUGCUGGCCUUCCUUUGGCCGCUAAACCCAUGAUUCGAGCCCUGGGUAUCGGGCCCGGUGUCUCGAUUAUCGCUGCUGUAGCGACUGCUCUAUUGCCCGUGCCAUUCUUGUUCAUGAGAUAUGGCAAGAAGAUUCGGCGAUACUCGAAACUUGUGCCUGAGGAUCCCUGA